AUUGCAUGAUUCAACCACAGCUUCGCCUUUGACCUCAUUCAUAUAUAUAUGUGUAUAUAUAUAUAUAUAUAUAUUUACAUGAUAAACGUAUUUAACUAUAAUCCGUCGCAUUAAACCAAAAACCAAAACAUGGGCGAAGUCGAAGCCUAUCUCUCCACAUACAAAUUCGCCGCCGCGUGGUCGCCGGAGCAUAGGUCGGGAGCGGCGACGCCGCCGCUCCACGCGUCGGCCUCGGUGCCCUUCAAGUGGGAGGAGCAGCCCGGGAAGCCCCGACCCUGCACCGACCUCAUCAUCCGACCCGAACCCGCCAGAUUGCUGGAUCCUCCCCCCUGCAGAAUUACCAAAAUGCCCUCGCCCACCACCGUCCUCGACGGCCCCGACAGCCUGGGCCGCCCCAGAUUCUCCUCCUUCCGCCUUUUCCGGGAGAAGCAGAGCUCCUUCGACAGCACCGGCAGCGGCGGCAGCCCCCAGAGCUACGUGGAUCACGCGCUGUUUGUGGGGAAGAAGAGGAAAAAUGGACUGCUGAAGACGCUGGGGAGGAGUUUCAGAAGGGAAGAAGUAGUCGACGAGGGUAGUUUGGGGUUUUCGCCAUUCUCGUUUGCGGGGUUUGAGAGCGUCGCUGCGGAGGGGAAGAUGGCGAGGAAUGGAAGCUUCUCGAGCUUCUCUCGAUCUGCGCCGCCGCCGCCUACUCGUCUCUGGGCUACCAUGUAUGAAGGUUUGAAGCAUGCGAUGACGUGGAAACGUACAAGGAAAUCGAAGAAAGAAGGCGCUCGUUAGAAGGAGACACGUGGCGUUUGGUGUGUGUAUGUUAUCUAUAGUAUCCGACGUGCUUCCUCCGUUUCUGAAAUAUAUGUGAUCGGGGUAAAUGGUACGGGUUUUAAGAGAUAUUAGAUAAAUGUAUUGUGAGGGGAGAAUGAAUCCCACGCUAUAUAGUAUUUAUAUUAAAAAAAAUAAUGGUGGAUUA